AUGAGGACCACUAGAAGUGAAACUGAGAGCCUCAUUCUUGAGUUGGCACAAGUGUUCAUGCUCCUUCAAGGCUUCAACCCUUUGGUGAUGAAGUACCUUGAAGAAGUAGUGUUUAUUCUCAAAGAAACUGGUAGAGCUAAAAUUAUUGGUUUGGCAUCUCUUAAUGGACAAGUCAAGGGCCUUUACAUAUUAACGAGGAACAUGCAUGGGCAAACAAAAUGGACGGUUAAGGGCUUUCUCGUGAUUGGUGUUGAUCACUUAGAGAAGCUAACAUUUGGUGAAGAGUUUGAUCUCAAGACCAGAAAAUGGCGUGAGAUCCCCAACAUGUUCCCAAGAGCUGGGGGGGCUGCGAGGUGCGGUACUACUGAGGCACCGCCUUUGGUUGCUGUGGUGAACAAUAGUUUGUAUUUAGCAGAUUAUGCACUGCAGGAAGUAAGGAGAUAUGAUAAAGGCAGGAACUCAUGGGUCACCAUUGGAAGACUUCCUGAGGGAGCAAGUUCAAUGAAUGGCUGGGGAUUAGCUUUUCGGGCAUGUGGAGAUAGGUUGAUUGUUAUUGGUGGUCCUACUUGUUAUGGUGUAGGGGCGAUUGAUAUUAAUGCUUGUGUCCCAAAAGAAGGUGCGGUACAGUGGAACCUGCUUGCCAGAAGGCAAUCAGGAACCUUUAUAUAUAACUAUGCGGUGAUGGGAUGUUAA